GUGAUGUGAGAUGGAGACGCUGUUGUCUGCCUCUCAGCCUCUUGCCUCGUGCUCUGUGUGUUUGGGACCUGGAGCUCAGGCCGCGGAGAGGGAGAGGGAGAGAGCCGCAGAAUGAAUCCCAUAACCAAAGUCAAGCUCAUCAAUGAGCUGAAUGCCCGGGAGGCAGAGCUGGGAGUCAAGGAGAACGCUUCCUGGCAUUCGGAAUACAAGGACAGCGCCUGGGUGUACAUAGGCGGCUUUCCUUAUGAGCUAACUGAAGGAGACGUGAUCUGUGUGUUCUCACAGUACGGUGAGAUUGUUAACAUCAAUCUGGUUCGGGACAAGAACGGGAAAUCGAAGGGAUUCUGCUUCAUCUGCUUUGAAGACCAGAGAAGCACCAUUCUGGCUGUGGACAAUCUUAACGGCAUCAAGAUCAAGGGAAGGACAAUCCGAGUCGACCACGUGGCCAACUACAAGCCUCCGAAGGACAGGGAGGAUAUUGACGAUGUGACCAAGAAGCUGAGAGAGGAGGGCUGUGCCCCCAAAGUCCCAGCUCUAGCCCCGGCCUCCCCUGAGUCCUCCGAAGAGGAGGGCACGAGUGAGGCAACUGCGAAGAAACGCAAGAAAGAUAAGAAGAAGAAGAAGAAAAAGAAAAAGGAUACGGCAAAGAAGAUGAAGUUGGAGAAGCGAGAGGCGGAGGGCGGGGAGUCCAGGCAAUCGUCAGGGAUCUCCAGCCGACCCCAGUCACCCUCUCCCCCCAUGCGAGUCAAGAAGGAAAGGGAGGAUCCGGCUUACGAGAAAUACUCAAACGUUGUCCGGGAGCACAGGAGCGAGCAGGGAGAAGGAGCGGAGGGAUGGAGGAGCAGAGAGCGAGGGAAUGAGAGGAGUCUCCACAGGAGCUCGGAGAGGGAUGGGAGGCGAAGAGACGGUCAGGCCAACCGAGGGAAUUCAAGCGAUCGGCCCGAGAGGGACGAGAGGCAUCAUCGCAGCGACGGUGGGGAGACCGGGGCCGAGCAGGCGAGGCAGGUGGAGAAACGGGGGAGGUGGGAGAGACAGGAGGAGGCCUCGGACAGCAGGGGCGACGAGCGAGACAAGUCCAGGAAGCACGAGAGGCAUUCCCAUCCCGACAGCGGGGCCAGGUACAGAGAGAGAAGCCAGGACAGAGACAGGCAUCACAGGGAUAAGGACCAUCACAGAGACACUGAUCGCAGAAGAAAUUAAGAGGGGUUUCACUAGUUAAACCUGGUCUGAUCUCAUCCAAUUGAAGCCAAGUUGAUAGCGGCUGAAGGUACUGCCAAUAUUUGUUCCAGUUUUUAAUAUCAGAAGACCCUCACUCAGAGGUUUAUCACCUACCUGUGGGACCUGUGUUUGUUAACGUCUAACAGUACAUACACUUGGAGUAUAUAUUUUUUUGUACAUAAGGUGAAAAGGGGUUGUGUUAACCCAUUGAAUACUGCCAGGCAAUGUCCGUUUAAAGUGACGCAUUAAACUUUUCCGGAGCCAGGUUUUAUCAAGUCCCAUUUUGGACACUUGGGUCAGUUAGUAAACUGAACAGGAACUUAGUCCUGCUCUGGACAUGGUAGUGCAAUCCUCAAAAAGGAUUCUGAGUGGUAUUUUCUUUUACCACUCCCACUCGCCCUUUGCAAUCUACUUCUUUAGUCAUUCGAGGAAGCCAUCUCACACUGACAUACACGUCUCACACAUGUGCCUGGAUUUCAUGUGUGGGUCUGGGAGAUUAGGUGUUCAGGUCACGUGAGCGUAGCACAUGCGUGGGCUGGGGGCUAAAUCGCAACAAAGCAAUAGGUCACUGCACAGCGAUCGGAAGUGGGAACGAAUGAGUCAAAAAAUGUGAUAUUUCAUGUGCUAUUGAUCCCAUCACCAAGAGUUGUGAUCCAACUUGUUUUGAACUUAGACAGGUUUUCAAAUGAACACUCUUUAGUAAUAAUCCGUGCAUUUGAUAUAACGCCUAAUCAGUUCAUUGA